GCAUCCGAAGGGUCUCCAAAAAAGCAGUAAGUCGCCGCUGUCAGUGUGCCUAGAGAUGGACAAGCUGGACUUGGCAGUGAUUCUUCUACAGCAUGGAGCUGACGAGAGUGAUUUGGUGGAGCGAGGUGGAGAGAACCCCUUUCAUGCUUCACUCCGAAUUGGCCUCAAAAAAGGAAACUUUGGGAUCUUUCAGUUCUUCCUCGACAGCAAAAGAUACCCAAUCGAUUUGCAGGACAAGGAUGGGAACACUCUUCUACAUUUCCUAUGUCGAGGAAAGAUAGAUUCAAAGAAGCAGGAAGCCAUGAUCAUUCUUCUCAAAGCAGGAGCAAAUCCAUCAAUCACUAACAACCAAAUGAAAACACCCAUCGACAUUGUUUCUAAUUUAAGGGAUAACAGAAGAAACCUACUAAGCUCGGCGGAGGAAAGCUAUAACAAUCCGAAAUCAUGUGAUCAGGAUGCUGCAAAGCAAGAAAUUAAAACCAAAUUGGACACGGAGGCCCACGGAGAUAAGACUCCACCAGAACAAUCAAAGACCACUCCUUCCUCUAGCAGCAGUGAAAGCCCUUCACCUUCAAAAUCAGCUAAUUCAAGAAAAGAGCCUUUGUCCGUUGUCUCUGAACGUAUCCGGUCACUCAUAAAGAAGUUAGAUGUCCGUGCUUGGUUCAAGAAGACGGCUUCACAUGAAAAAACAAGAAAAGCGUCCGUGAAAACAGAAAAACCUGAUCUUCAUCAUGAUCGAAAGCAAAAUGAUGUGGUUGAGGAGGCUAGCGGGAUAGCUCAAGAAAAUGAAGAAAAUGCAGGUCAUAGCAACGAAGACAACGUUGCUGCUAUUUCUGUUACGUCAUGGGUAUGCGUCGAAGGAGCUUUUGAGGGUUUGCCGUGGGAAGUGGAGUGCACCGCAGAAGUGUGGAAAGUUUUACAUGAUAAGCGCUUAGAGCCGUGGAAGAAAAAACGGUUUGUAGAGAAGGUGAGAAGUCUUGCUCAAGGCCGGAACAACUGGACAGUGCAUCUCUGUAAAAGACUCGAAGGUCUGCCAAAGAGCCGUGGCAUGCUUCUUUAUGAAACAAGAUUGACAGACGCUGCAAGAAUCAUCUGGGAAUGUGCAGUUGCCUUUUCUCCCCGUUAUUCGGACGAAGAUACUGAAAGUAAGACUACCAUCUACUCGGAAAUUAUCCGAAUAUGGGAUAUCGUGUUUGAUCAUGACAAAGUCCAGCACUCGAUAGAAAAUAUAGUUACCUCGUUCACCCGUGGCCAGGGCUGUAUUCUCAAGAAAGAGUUGAGGGGACUUCCAAGGGUUGAUGCUUCUGAAAACCAAGGUCCAAAUCUCUAUGUCAAGCAGACUCAAACCAGUGUACCUACUUUUUCGUCAGCAUCUGAGCUACAGGAAGACGAAACGGUUACCGAUGAAGCAAACGAUGACCAAGUGACUUUCUUUCCUCCUGCGAGCUAUCACGACAACGAGUAUCAAGUUCUGAAGUUCUACCACCUUUCCACAGCCAUGAUUCAGACAAUACUGAAACAACAGUCAUGCAGUGUAGAGAUCGACUUUCCAUUUCGAGUGACAGAAGAGGAGCAUGACAUCAUCAAUUUUGAACCCUCUCCCCGGAGCUCCAUCAUUUUGAUUGGGCGGAGUGGCACUGGAAAGACGACAUGUAUCCUUUAUCGCCUGUGGAAAGAUUUCAUCAACUACUGGAGGAAUGCUGUAGACAGUGGACCAUUGCUUUCCAAAAGGAUAGUGUUUCUUCCCAAAGACAACUCGGAUUCUGAAUCAUCGAGCUUUGAGGUAGGAGACUUUGCUUGCGGGAAAAGCCAGCAAUCGGAUGAAACACAGAGUAGUGCUGAAAGCGGAAGAACGCAAGGCGAUGACUGUGAGGCAGCAACCAGUUGUCCUGCGGAUCCACCUACAUCAGUCGAAACAGGUUCUGAAUCUGAGGAAUCCCUGGAGCACCUCCACCAGUUGUUUGUAACCAAAAACGGUGUCCUCUGCCAAGAAAUUCAGAAGAAUUUUAACGCCUUGAGCCAAGGGUGCUCAUUUAUUAAGCAUGCAAGUAAACAAGACAAAGCCCCCUUGAAGCUGCAGGAAGUUGACGACUCUGCCACAGGCUGGCCACUUUUUUUAAAUGCACGUGACCUGUAUGUUAUCUUAGAUGCUUCUCUGCCUGAACCUUACUUCUUUCCCCGCAACGAAGAUGGAAGCCUGGAGACCAGGGUACAAGACUGGGGUGAAGAGGACAAUCAGUUGUCCACUAUUCCUAUCAUCGAAGACGACGACGAUGCAGAAGACGAAGACGCUGAAGAUGACACAGAUGAGGAGGACGAAGAUCAAACCACAGAAGGUGACGUCUCAACUUGUGAACAGAGGCGAUCAAUGGUCUUUGUGAGCUACUCUACUUUUGAAAACCUGUUGUGGUCUAAAAUGUGUAAGAAGAAGAAACGUGUCGACUUUCAUCCCUCUUUGGUCUGGAUGGAGAUACGGUCUUUUAUAAAGGGCUCAUACGAAGCUUUGCACACAAAGAACGGUCACCUCAGCCUGGGAAGUUAUCAAAAGAUUGGUCAAAAGAGGGCACCCAACUUCACAGCUGACAGAGAAGCAAUUUACAAACUGUUUGUAUCUUACGAGCGGGUCAAGAGGUCUUCCAACAUGUUUGAUGAAAACGAUCUCGUGUUCCAUUUGUACCACCGAUUGAGGCAAUGCAGAGUCCCUGACUGGUCAAUUCACAAUUUGUACGUGGACGAAACUCAAGACUUCACUCAGGCAGAGUUGGUGCUGCUCAUACGCUGUUGCCGUGAUCCUAAUGGCGUCUUCCUCACAGGUGACACAGCACAGAGCGUCAUGCGAGGCAUCUCAUUCAGAUUUGAAGAUCUUCGUUCCCUCUUCUUCUACUUGAAGGAGAGCUACAAGGCUGUAGGAGUGCAAGCUGAAGUCUUGGUUCCACAGAUAAUGCCUCUGAUAUACAACUACCGAUCACACAGUGGAAUUCUUAAUUUGGCUUCCAGUGUUGUUAGCUUACUGCAGGAAUAUUUCCCAGAGUCGUUUGACAAGUUGGCUAAAGAUCAAGGUCAGUUGGAUGGCCCCAAGCCGGUGCUCCUUGGGUCCUGCAGUCAAUCGGAUCUAGCGAUAAUUCUUCGCGGAAAUAAGAGGAAGACAACCACCAUUGAGUUUGGCGCCCAUCAAGUCAUCCUUGUCGCAUCAAACGAAGCGAGAGAAAGGCUUCCCGAGGAGCUCAGCCACGCUCUGGUGUUGACCAUCUACGAGGCGAAAGGAUUGGAGUUUGAUGACGUCCUUGUGUACAACUUCUUCAAAGAUUCACAGGCUCAUACUGAAUGGAGGAUUGUUACACAGUAUCUCUUGGAAGUGUUAGAUUGUGAGAGUGUCGACAAAGCUAAAGUUAAGUCGCGUCCAUUGAGCUUCAAUCCUGACAAGCACAAGAUCCUAAACUCUGAAUUGAAACAGCUUUACACAGCUGUGACUCGAGCCCGUGCAAAGGUUUGGUUCUUUGACGAAGAUGAAGAAAAUCGUCGGCCAGUGUUUGAGUACUUUGAGCAGCUCGGCUUGGCAGAUGUGGUAACACUAGAAGCGGGCACCGGGAAAGGCUCUGAUGGUGCACAGUCUUUGGAAAAUAUGUUUUCCAAGGAAUCGUCCGUAGAGGAAUGGGAAAAGCAAGGGACUUUCUUCUACAGCAAGAAGCUCUGGAAAGUUGCAGAAAAGUGCUUCUCAAUUUCUGGUAAUGUAGAAAUGAGCCAAAGGUGUAAAGCGUUCGUGCAAGCCGACCAUGCCCGAAGUCUUCACAGUGAACCAAAACGAAUGAAGGAAGAAUUUCUCCGAGCAGCCGAUCAGUUCCUGAAAUGCAACAUGAUUCAAGAAGCGAGGGUAUGCCUGUUAAACGCUCGGGAACGUACAUUGUACGCAAGCCUUCUUCAGAAACUCGAGGAGGACAAAACUGCAGCAAGGUGGUUUGAAAGAGGGGGUAAUUUCUUAGGAGCAAGUCAGUGCCUGGAGAACUUUGGAGACUACAAAGAGGCUGUUGAGGUCCUUGUUCGUGGAAAUCUAUACCACAAGGCCAUUGAUGUCCUGAAGAGGUUUAACAGACUGUCACCAGUUAAUCGCCAACAGCCCUUUGCACCACAGAGAACUCUUCAAGAAUUGUACUUGGCCUCCGCCGAACUCCAUUUUAAAGCUGGCAACAUGGAAAAAAUGAAAAAUUCACUCCAGGACAUCGACUCUGUCGAAGUACGAGUCGGGUUUUUGAAAAAGCGUAACUUGGUCGACGACGCUGCAGGGGAGUUACUGAAGGAAGGAAGAGGAGUUGAAGCUGCGAAGAUAAUGAAAGAAAACGGAUCAUUUCUUGCUGCGGCUGAAUACGCUCGACGCUCUGAUGACUCAAGUCUUGCAGCUGAUUGUAUUUUCGCUUAUGUUCGUAGCUCACUGGAUAUAUCAAAGGAGGAGCAAAUUGAACGGUUAGAAGAAGCUAAGAAGUUCUACAAGGAUGCAGACCGGAUGAACAGUGUUGGUGAAGUUCUUUUACAUCAGGCCAGACUGUCUGGGGAUCGUAUGAAAGUGGAGGAGGCUUUGACGAAUUUCCGCACAUCCCAAAACACCUGUGGUGAGCUUGAAUGCGUUGAAUUGCUGUGGGAACCUGCAGGUGAUGAACAGGGUGUUCCUGGUGGGGACACUUGGACUGCGGUCAAAAUGGUGGAAUCCGUUCUGCAGUUGAUUAAAUCACUGAAUGGGAGUAAUCUGGACGUAAUGACACAGAAACAAAUCAAGCUAUGCGAGGAACACUUUGGACUUUACAGGGAAGGAGAUCCAUCAAAGCGAGUUGUUAGUCGCAAAGAACAUGAUCGGUUUCUUUCCUUUACCCAAGGAAUGCAGAAGCGUCCUGCUCCCGGCAACAAAUGGGAGGUGGAUCUCUAUGAUGCUCAUGAACGUAUCGCUGAAGUCCUUUUUCACAGAGUCGCCAAACUGAUUAAACUUGUUCGUGGGGUUUUGCACAACAGAUUUGUCACACACGAGACAUGCCAGAAAUGUUUGGUCGGCCUUCCUUGCAAAGCUGAGAAUUGCCAGUACCGAUACAAACUUCCGUCCCAGGAUAGCAAUGAUAAACGUUUCAGAGCAAUUUUGGAUGAAAUCUGGCUUGACGCUCAAGCUAACGAUUUUCACAAAACGGCGAAGAAAUUUCGCAACCAGAACACUUGGAUUUUCCACGGGCAUUUGGAAAGUUUGGACGACCUGUUUCCAUUGGAUACCUUUGCAUCAUGCAGAAAACUUCUGGCGUUCUUUUUUCCUGCACAUGGCAAAUCAUCCAGUAUUUGCUUACAAUCUUGUAUCUCUCGUUUGCGAGAUGAGAAGUGUGAAUUUCACAAGAGAUGUCUAUUUAAGUUUGCCGAAGUGCUGUGGAAUAAGCGUGCGACCAGGGAAGAAAUCCUUUCGAGUGCUGAUUCAUUUCUGGCUGUUUCACAUCUUCUUCAGCUAAUCGGGGUACCAUUCAGUAUCCAGCCGUGGAUUGGGAAAGUAGUGGAGACAUUUAGAAAAAACUGCGGCGUCCAUGAGAUCAACAAACUGGUUAUUCCAAAAUCCGUGGGUAUUGCUGUAGAGAGGGGAACACAGCUCACCUUGUUUUCCAAAUGGUGGGAGGAUUCCAAGAUUUAUUUGCAUUUUGAUGGUGACAUUCUUAAGGCUGGACACCAUGCUGUUCGCCGCUUUCUGUCAAUGACAGCAAAUCCAGGAAAACAGCUUCCUUUCCCGUCGCCUAGAAACUGUCUUGACAUCCUGGAGUACGUCACUUGUGCCCACCUAGCUUUGUUCGCUCGACUGCAGCAGUCUCUAAAGUCUCGCUAUCUUGUUUGUCUUCCUGCAAGCUACUCGUCGGUUAUCUCUUUUUGGGACUCUCUCAAUUGUACAACUACGGAGCAUAUUGGAAUUUACCGAGCGGCUUUGAUGUACCCAAGUCAUCCAUCCACCAUUCGUGAAGUAAAGAAGUUUCUGCAAUAUGUGGUAUCACUUAUGCUGGGAGGAUAUUCUGUGGAUUUCAACUUGUUAAAGGGAGUCUUUAACAAUUCUUGCAUUGAAUCUGGCGAGACAGAGCGUGCGGUAAUUUUGGUCCUUACCCUUCUUUGCAACUGCGGUCAGUCAGUUCCACCCGACAGCGAGGCCAGGCUUCUUCAAAACCUGAACGCUGAAUUGCCCAGUGAUGUCACUCUUCCAGAGAGGAUUGGAAGAUGUCUGAAGCAGGUUAAGCAGGCCAAAGGGAUUCGCAACAUUGUGGUCAUUCUUCAGGAUCUAUUACAAAAAAGACGCGAGAUUCUAUCCGAUGUUCAUUGGGAAAACGUCCACCAGCGACUUUGGUGGGACAAAGUGAACCCCAAUAACUACCCUUGUAUCUUCUACACUGAUGUGUUGGAAACAUUGGGCCAGGAAACGAAAGAUCUUUCAGCUGAAGAAGGGUUGAAGUCAGGCGUUGUGGAAGAUAAUUUGAUGGCCGAGUUUGGCGGACAGUUAGAGGAAGGAGAACCCAGCGGAGACGUGGAUCACACCAGACAUGAAAGGCUCGAGGCCAUAGAAAGGGUGGAGACCCUUCAAACAGAGUCCUGGGAAGAAGAGAUUGCAGCAGAAGAAGCGAGAGCAGUUGAGAUUCCUUCUGAGCAGGAAGUCGUUGAAGAUCCGUUUGAUAUCUACUUUAGACCCUUUAGAGUUGAUCGAUCUGGUUGUGGUAUUUGCAACGUGAGUUUUGGUCCAGACCAAGGUGAAAACUCUCAGCACGUGUUAGAAAACGAGAGGAGGCAGUUCGAAUGUACCGAUAUUGGUGCCAGUGGCUCUGUAGAACAGUGGAGCCAAGUGAGUCCUCACCGCUUCUGGAGCCGCGCUCGUCAUCUAGCGAAGGAUAGUCAUCAUUGGAAGAAAGUGGAACAUUUUGAGGCCUAUAAGAAGCUAUUCCGAGAAGAGCUCCUUCCAUACCAAGGUACGCUAAACAAUCUACUCAUCGAGGCUACAGAUCUUCUGAGAACGGCGGAGCAUCAAGGGAAGUCUUUGACUCUGUUAAGUACCAAGGUGGAUGAAGUCAACAGAGCUGCUUAUUUCAUUACUGAAGUAAAGGCCAGGAUCCAACAAGACUGUAACUGGGCAGACUUGGAAUCGUUCAAGAAAGCCAUCAUAUCCUUAGGAGACGCCUUGAAAACUUGCGAAGAGGAAAUUCAAUUAACACGCUCUCGAGAAUCAGAUCCAAGCAGCAGUGAAACGUCAAUGGCAGCCCAAUCGUUUUUUGGUGACUUGGAAAAUGAGGCAGACAUCAAAGAUGGUGAAUGUGCUCACGUCCCAGGACUAAGAAAGAAAAAAUAGGAUGCGAGGACUAGAAUUCAACUUGUUCCUUGAAGGAAUAAAAAGCGAAACCUUACAUUUUGAACGGUUUGUUGCAGAUUCGAUUGAAGGGUUCGUCAACUUUAAUGUUCGUGUUUAGCUUAGAAUGUCUGGUAUAGUUCCAGUGCGACUACUGAAACCGAGCCACUGAGAAAAAAGUUAACCAAUUUGCACGUUACUUUAAAACAAAGGAUAGCGAUCUUUUUCUCAAGUAAACCAAUAACAUUGAAGAAUACGAACAACAGGCGUAAAAAAUUGAAAACCCAACAAAGUGCGAAGUGUUGCGAACCUCUCAGGAAACUUUGCCAUUUAUUGAUUGGGUAGUUUCGAUCCAGAAUUUUGUCCGCUUUUCAACGGUUUCGGUUUAGUUGUCGCAAAAUGAGUUUCAAGCUAGAUUUUUGGAGCGAGAUGUUUAAAUAUGAUAAUUCGCCGUCAAGGACGGAAUCUCUAAGAGUGUAUAUAACGCAGAGGAGUUGAUAGUGUUUGUGUUUUAAUAUCAAACAGACCGUUACUUGACGCCACGAGACGCUACCAAACCAUUAUUCUCAUUUUACGUUUUGUUUGGUUAGUUUUCUUCUACGUGGCCCGGUUCAAGUAGAAUGUCUGGUAUAGUUUAAGCUCAGUAUAGAAACGAGCUGGCGAAGUCAUCGUAACAUUAAACGACUGCACUUCAGCACCG